AUAGUAGGAUAUCAUGGGACAGUUAUUAAAGGGCAGUUUUAUUUCAAUAGUAAGCAAUUUGAACAGCAGCACACAAAUUUAAAUAUAAAUAGCCAAUAAUACAAGACUUAGAUCCUCCUCUUCAGCUUUUGUUUGCCAUCGUGGUUACUGUGCCUUCCAGAGCUUCUCAUCAUGUCUUCUCACAAGACUUUCAGAAUCAAGCGGUUUCUAGCCAAGAAACAAAAGCAAAAUCGCCCCAUUCCCCAGUGGAUUCGAAUGAAAACUGGUAACAAAAUCAGGUACAACUCCAAGAGAAGACACUGGAGAAGAACCAAGCUGGGUCUGUAAGGAAUUGCUUCAGAUGCCCACAUAUUUAUGUCUACCAUGAACCAGUCAAGCCAAAACAUCAAUACUGCCUGGACUGACAGUUGGGCAUUUUUUAAAUUGAUUUUUCUUUGGUUAUUUUAAUAAUGGGCACAGUAAUAAACAUGUAAUAAAUAUUACAUUAAAAAAAAGACUUAGAUCUUGAGUUUUGCCACUGAUUUAAUUCCUUUUACCACAAAACAGUUUUUUAAUUAUUUGAAGUUUGGAGAGGGGGAGAAGGGAUGAUCAAGAAGGACAAAAGGAAUGAGUACACAUACGUACACGUAUACAGACAUGUCAUGAAACUUCCCUGAACAACCAAAUAAUGUUAAUAAGAACUGUGGAAAAUAAAGCAUUCUCUGAAGAUCUUUGAAAAGAAUAUUUUCUUCAAAUAAUAAUCAAUACUCCCUGAAAAGAGGAUCUAAAAUGAUAAAGCCUCACUAACAUCCUAAUACAAUGACAUUGCCACUUGCUGAAUAUUAUUUGCUAGGCACUAACAUUAUGCCUUUUACACAGGCAUCUCAUUUCAUAUUAGGAAACAAGUAUUAUCUCUAAUGUACAUACGUGAACAUAAUGAUUUGUAUGGUUAGAUUACUUGUUUUAGGUCUCACAGCUAGCAAACAACGGUGGGAAUUUAACUGCUUUAUGUGAAUCUAAAAGCAGUGCCUUUAUCCAUUAAACUAAUCCUUCAACUUUCAUCACACAGCAUAUAUGGAAAGUGAUCAUUUUCAAGGCACAUAGGAUUAAGCUGGAAGGGUUUGGUUAAAAGGGA